GUCUUAUACGGAUCUCUCCGCGAUUCUUCCUUUUCUCGCAAACUCGCGUACGAGCUCGCGCGACUCCUUGAAGCCCUUGGUUGUGACGUUCGUGUGUACAAUCCUCGCGGGUUACCCGUUCGCGACCCCACACUGGAAGAUCAUGUCAAAGUCCAGGAGCUCCGUGCGCUCACGCAAUGGAGCGAUGGCCACGUCUGGGUUUCUCCCGAAAUGCAUGGCACCGUAACGGGCGUCUUUAAAAACCAGAUCGAUUGGAUACCUCUCAACACCGGUUCGCUCCGACCAACCCAAGGAAAAACCUGCUUAGUGGCCCAAGUGAAUGGAGGGUCGCAGUCAUUCAAUGCGGUCAACGCCCUGCGGUUGUUGGCUCGGUGGAUGCGCAUGCCGUGUUGUACCAACCAAUCCAGUGUCGCCAAGGCAUGGCAAGAGUUUGACGAAGCCGGGCGUAUGAAAGCGAGCGGCUUCAGGGAACGGGUCGUUGAUUGCGCGGAAGAAUUUGCUAAAUUUACUGCCGUCAUGGUGCCGGUAGCCGAGCAGUUGACCGAUCGAUUCAGCGAGCGACAAGAAAAAGCUCGCGAA